CAGCUUCAAAAGAGCACACAAAAGGCAAUUGCCUGGAUAUCUGCCAUGUUCCUGAUAGGCCUCGUAGCCGACUGUGCCGAAGGGACAAAGGUUUUAACUAGAAAUUGGGGUCCCCAAUCUACACUGUAUCUCAAAGGAAAGCAUGGCAGAAGAGAUGCACUAGAAAUAGAAGAGGACAUUCCUGUAUUAGGGCCUGUCACCUGGAAAAAUGAAAUGUACAAAGGCUUGUUAGGUUCGCAGGGGCCAAAGUCAUCGCUGGAGCAGAUAUACAAAAAACUAAAGCUCUAUCAAUAUUGAUAUAAAGUGCUUUGAUUUAUCAUUCUUAUAAAAUACGGGUUGUUUUUCCUACCAUGUUCUCCUUUUUCUGUCAUUAUCAGCAAUACUAAAAAUGAUGCAAGUACACGG